AUGAGAGAGGCUAAUUGGGAUCAUCUCAAGCUUGAUAAUUUCACCUCCUUGCAAGGUGGAUUGAAUGCCAGUCCCAGCUCUGUUGUUGGUAAUUCUCAUGGGUUCCGUACUCCCAAUGUGCACACAUUGAACUCUAGGCAACCACUCUCCAACAUAACAAAUUUAGGCGGUGUGUUGACAGGCAGUCCCACUUCUGAAUCACAUGGAUUCCAUACUCCCCCUCUGGCCACAUUGAACACUAUACAACCACUCUCCAACAUAACAAAUUUAGAAGAUAUGUUAAAUGCUGAGUCUAAUGGAAUUGAUUCAACACCUCUGCCUAUGUACCCGUCUAGACAACCACCUUCCAAUAUAACAAAUGUUUCUGGCACCCGUACAACAAAUCGUGUGCAUAAAGCAGCAACCCGCAGUACUACCACAUCCACCAAUAACCCUGAAUCUGCACCCAAUAAGAAAACAGUCCCACGUUCUGAUAUAUUCAAGAAUCUAUUUGCUUCAGCAAAUAGUCCUCAGUCAUGUACAACACAGAAUGUUAGAAACCGUUCUGUUGACACUACACAAGUACGCUGUUCACGGUUGUUUCAGCCAACAAAUGAUGACACCAAUUACGAAGAAAUUGAGAAUUCCCGUCCUACUGAUAUACCUUCUGAAGACGAAGAACGGCUCUCUGAUUAUGAUGGCAGUGAAGUCUCUGAAGACUCAUCAGAACCGGAGCCAUUUGAAGACGCUCCUCCUAUGCAUCAAGUGCCAAAUGGCUAUGCCUCUUUGGGACCUCCUACCGAGUGCUGUAACAAAUGUCAUGCUAUUAUGUGGAAAGAGGAGAGGGUGAAUAAAAAUGUUACGAAGGGCAUCCCUAAGUUUAGCACAUGUUGUGGACAAGGUACCAUUAAACUUCCACUGACUCCACCAACUCCUGAUUACCUCAUGCAUUUGUACACUGAUAAAAACAAGUCCAAGCAUUUUAAGCAGCAUAUCCGUCUAUACAAUGCAAUGUUUUCCUUUACUUCAACUGGUGGAAAAGUAGACUACUCAAUUAAUCGUGGAAGAGCUCCUUAUGUAUAUCGUCUCAAUGGUCAAAAUCACCAUGUCUUUGGGACACUCAUCCCUGAUGAUGGAAAAGAUCUGAAGUUUUGUCAACUUUAUAUAUAUGACACUGAACAUGAGGUGCAGAAUAGGAUGAAAUGGGUAAGAGUUGAUGAUGGUGAGCCUGUCAAUUCUGAGAUUGUUGAAGGCUUGAUAAGGAUGUUAGAUGAAACUAAUCAGCUGGUUAGGAAGUUUAGACAAGCCAGGGAUCGCUUCAAAGAGCAGCCAAUAAGGAAUUUGAGAAUAAAAAUGAAAGUCUGCCGUUCGGAGAGUGGCCGUGAAAAUAAUAUCGGGCCAUCAGAUGAGGUAGCUGCUGUUCUGGUUGGAGACAUAAACACUACAGUUGGUGAAAGGGAUAUUAUUAUUGAGAAGACUAAUAUUGAUCCUAAUGUAAAAGAUUUUGAACGUAUCUGCUCUGUACACCCCUCACUUAUGGCUCUUCAAUACCCACUACUGUUCCCCAUGGGUGAAGAUGGUUACCAUGAUGAGAUUCCAUAUGUUGAUCCUGACAACCAGAACAAGAAGAAGAGGAAACGGAUUACCAUGAAAGAGUACUACUCUUACAAACUACAAGUUCGAAAAAAUGAUGGUCUCACAGUUCGUUUGGGUGGGCGUUUGUUCCAACAAUAUGUCGUUGAUGCUUUCUCUACUGUAGAGCAGGCGCGUUUGUGGUGGCUACGUACUCAUCAAAAGAUUUUGCGUAGUGAUUUAUAUACCAAUAUUUCCAAGAAACUUCAGAAGGGGAAUACCGAUACUGCUAAUGUUGGUAAAGGUUUCAUUUUACCAGCUAAUUUCUUGGGAUCCAGGCGAUAUAUGCAGCAGAAUUUUCAAGACGCACUAGCUGUCUGCCGCGUCAUAGGCCAUCCAGAUAUUUUCCUCACAAUGACCUGCAAUGCUUUAUGGGAUGAAAUUUUACAUAUGAUGAAGCAUCUACCAGGCUGCUCACCACAAAACUCUCCUGACAUUAUUGCAAGAGUAUUUCACCAGAAGCUACAACAAAUUGUUGAUGACAUCAAAAAGAAGAAUUAUUUUGGUACCUGCCUAGGAGGUACUAUUUAA